AGGAGGAGGAGGAGGCUGCCGGGAUAGCGGCGGACCUGCCCGCGGCCUCGCUCCGGUCCUCCGGCCGCCCCGGGAAGCCCCGGCCGCGGCGGGCCCUGCCCGCUCCCCCGCCCGCCGGGCCCGCUUCUCCGGGGAGCCUCGCCCAGGCCCAUGGCCCCAUGAGGCGGCAGAAGGCUGCGGGGCAGCAGCGGCGGCGGCGGGGCUGAGGCGGAGGAGUAGCCGGGACGGGUGCAGGAGGGUUCUGCAGUGCUCCAGGCAGCGAGGUUUGAAGCAGGAUGGGAAAAAGACGCUGUGUUCCUCCACUUGAGCCCAAGCUGGCAGCUGGCUGUUGUGGGGUGAAGAAGCCCAAAUUGUCUGGGAGUGGAACGCACAGUCAUGGCAAUCAGACCACAACUGCACCAAGCUCCAGUUCAGGUCCUCUUCAGAACCACCAGCAUACAGAUGGGAAUAAUGGAAGGGAGAACGUAUCUGACUUGACUUUGGGCCCAGGAAAUUCCCCAAUUACUCGAAUGAAUCCCACUUCAGGAGCUCUGAGCCCACUUACUCGGCCCAAUGGAACUGCCAACAGCACCAAGAACCUGGUGGUGACAGCAGAGAUGUGCUGCUACUGCUUUGAUGUACUCUACUGUCAUCUCUACGGGUUCCCUCAGCCACGGCUUCCUCGAUUUACCAAUGACCCCUAUCCACUCUUUGUGACGUGGAAGACGGGGCGAGACAAGCGGCUUCGUGGCUGCAUUGGGACCUUUUCAGCCAUGAAUCUUCACUCAGGACUCAGGGAAUAUACAUUAACCAGUGCACUUAAGGACAGCCGAUUUCCCCCCCUGACCCGCGAGGAGCUGCCCAAACUCUUCUGCUCUGUCUCCCUCCUCACUAACUUUGAGGAUGCCAGUGACUACCUGGACUGGGAGGUUGGAAUCCAUGGGAUCAGAAUAGAGUUCAUCAAUGAGAAAGGUGUCAAACGCACAGCCACGUAUUUACCUGAGGUUGCUAAGGAACAAGACUGGGAUCAGAUCCAGACCAUAGACUCCUUACUCAGGAAAGGUGGCUUUAAGGCUCCCAUUACCAAUGAUUUUAGGAAAACAAUUAAACUUACCAGGUACCGCAGUGAGAAGGUGACAAUCAGUUAUGCAGAGUACAUGGCCUCCCGCCAGCAUUGUUUCCAGAAUGGCACCCUUCAUGCCCCCCCGCUCUACAAUCAUUACUCCUGACACACGGCUGCAUGACCAGUCCCACUCCCCAGUCGCUGCCAACGGCUAUGACAUCAUCGGGGCAGACGCCUCCUCUUCCUGGUCCAGUUACUUCUAUUACUGCACCAUUUUAUGAUGCUAGCUUCCGUUGCCAAGUCUGCCUUCCCACUGACCUGGGGGGAGGGUGAGAGCGUGACAGGACUUCCGGGGCCCAAGCCUUAUCUCAGCCUUCCCUCCAAGUGGGGGUUCAUUGGAUUGGGGCUCCAUGCCUACGAACUGUCGUGAGGUGCAGAAGACCUUUAGGAGUGAAAGUGCUGCUUCGGACUGAUCUGUUCUGGGUGUUACUGACACUCUGGAAACUUGAGUUGUUUGUUAUGGAAGCCCCCCAGAUCAAAUAGGAGCAUUCCCCUGGCAGCCUGGGCAACGGAGUCCAACAAAACGUUUUUUAGGUUCUUUUUAAUUUUUUUUUAACCUCUGGUAUCUGUUGUGUACUGAGAGCUGAUUGCAGUCCCCACGCAUCACAGGCGGACAUCAUGAUACUGGGGAGGGUUGAACACCUGGAUAGCACCCCAUCCUCAUGGACAGAAAAUCUGUGAAAAAUUAAUCCUUUAUUUAAAUAAACCCUUGAAGGCUUUAAGGCUCA